AUGAGUGGUAGUGUUUCCGAUGUUGAAAAAUUUGAGUUGACGAUCUGCUGCGAAGUCGCAAAACAGUUGAAGCCGGAUGAAGAGAUUAUUGCGAUUGGCGGGUCAUCAUCUGUAGUAUUCCUUGGCACAAAUACUGGUCAUGUCAUACACAUCAAAAAGCAAAAAAAUCGUUUCAAAGUUGCCGGGAGUUUCGAACUGCCGACUAAACAAGCAAUUCGACAGAUCGAGUUCGCCUCGGCGCUUGGUGUCGUUUUAGUGUUGUGUGAGAAUAUUCUAUUUGAUUUUGAACUAGAAUCUUUCGAGAUCGUCUCAAAUCGAACGUCAGUGCAAUGUAUAGCUGUGAAUACGAAUCCAAUAGUUGAUGAUCCGUUUUGCUUACAAAUCGCCGUAGCUACCACCUCCAAGCACCUUCAGUAUUGUGAACGACGUAACGGCAAAAUGGAAGUUGUGCAGAAGUUGACUACGGAAGGAAAUGAAUUCCUUGUGGCUGGAAUGGAUGGGCUUCUCAUAUCCGUGACGGAGCAGGGUGUUUCAAUUCGGCCUCCCACAGUCAUUCCAUCAACGCCAGUAGAUGCAAUGGUUUGCUGUUCCCCGUACGUCUAUAUUCGUGCUUCCGAUGAUAUCAUGAUCGUUAGUCUUGACAACGCUCGGAUUUCUCAGUGUAUCAAGGCUGAACAUGCCAAAGUGCUCUCAAUACUCGAUGGAUUAAUCUUUGUUGCCACUAAUCAAGUGCUUUACAACGUUUCCAUGAUAUCUCUGGAGAAGCAGGUUGAUGCUCUUUUCACUCAUGGCGAUUAUGAUGAAGCCAUGUCCUUGUAUCAGGCAAAACUAAAUCGGAGUUUCGAUGUUGACAGUCUGGUGGAUUUCAUCAAACUGAAGAAAAAAAUUGCCUUCCGAUACGUGGAGGAGCGGAAGUUCGAGAAAGCUGCCGAACUAUUUGUUUCGACAGAGGUCAAUCCGGAUGAGGUGAUUUCUUUGUUUGAAUGGCCAAGCAGUGAGAACAUAUUGAGCGACAAUGUCGACGACUCCGAUGGCUAUCAGUUUUUGGAGGAGUAUCUACUACAUAUUCGGGAUCUGCAUUUUGCACAAACAUCACGAGCGAGUAUUGAUACGUCUCUUCUUAAACUGUUCACAAUCCAUCACAAGCUAGAAAACGUAUUUCGUCUCGAGAAUUUUCAUCCGAUUUAUGAAGGAAGUGCUGAUUUCCUGGAAAGCACGGAUAACUAUAACUACGCCGCGGAAAUGUGGCUGCUGGCAGGGGAGUCUGCGAAGGCGUGGGAUAUCUGGAGGCGUCUCUGUUGUGGGGAAUUGGAGGACAUCACCUUCAAUAUUGACGAUAUCAUUGAACGCAUUUCAUAUAUCACGGACAAGAAACUACUUCAAGAUGUGCUGACCUGGAUGAUUCCUGUGUCUCCGAAACGCUGCAUGAAGAUUAUUGUCGCUACAAAAAUAUUGGAUCAUAUGACAGUGAGAGAAAUGCUUAGUGGUGACGCUAAACUUCUGCGACUCUAUCUCGAAAGUGUUCCAUUUUGUGAAGACGUAGCAAAGGAGUUGUGCGACAUUUACAUCAAGGAUAUAAAAGCGGGAGACCUCAGUUGUCGUCAUCGAUUUCGACGUUUACUUUUGAAAAUGAGCGUAUCUGACCGAAGUGCCGCAUACGAUAAGAUUCCUGCAGAAUGUGGUGUAGAACGGCUCUUGUGUGACAGUAGUCAGUCAGCUGGCGAUAUUCUUGAUAAGGUGGUGAAAUUGUAUAACGACUACGACGCAGCUGAAUUGAUUUGCUCUCAUUAUUCACCGACACAGCCGGAUAUAUGCUUGAAUCUUCUCAAAUUCUUGGAAGAUAGGGGAUCAGAGUUUGCAGCAGUUGACGGUGCUGAAUCACGUAUCUGUUCGCUACUUAAAUGUAUGGGUGAUGCCGUCGACCCAUCAAAAGUCAUAAGCGUUCUGCCAGAGUCAACAGCGAUUGAUCAGGUAUCGUAUUUCCUGUUGCGAUCAGUGGCAAAGAAGCAGCAGGAGCAAUAUAUGCUUCGCUAUAAAGAAAGUUUACUUGAAAGAUGUGCGGAAAUGGAAAAAUACUAUCUUCCGAAUGAAAAGAUUGUGGUAUGA